AUGCCGCCCGCGUCGUCGGGUCGCUCUUCCAUGUGCCCCACCCCGGCUGUAGGCCGGCAGAGCUUGGCGGGCGGGAAGAGUAACGGCGGGUCGAAGGCGGACCCUCGGCCGAUCACGAGCAAGGCGUACCAGAGCCGGUGCGCGGACUCGGUGCUGGAGUAUCUGCUGGCGGCGGGGUACGACCGCAGCUUGAACCGUAAGGUGUUGGCCAUGCCGAGCAGCAAGGACUUCUUCCGCAUGGCGGAGUUCCUCCUCGCGCGCAUCGACCCGCGCUUCAAGCUGGGCGCGAAGCAAGACGACGACCUGCUGGCGGCGCUCAAGUGGCUCGGAUACCCGUUCAGCAUCAGCAAGAACGCGCUGCACUCCGUCGGAACGCCGCACACGUGGCCGCCGCUGCUCGCCAUGCUGCACUGGCUCGUGCAGCUGCUCGCUUACCACCAAGCCACCACCGCCGCGCACUCCGCUCCAUCCGCAUCGGCUCAAGCGGGCGCGGUGCAUCCGGUGCGACGGUUGUUCUUGGAGCAGGUGCGCGCGGGGUUCCGCGUGUUCAUGAGCGAGGAGGACGAGGACGCCGCCACGGCCGGCAGCCACGCCGCCAUGGAGGAGUUCGUGCGACGCAGCGAUGCCAUGCUGGACGACGUGCGACGGAGCAUCGGCCAGAAGGAAGAGAUCGUGCAGCGCCUCAAGGAGCGAGUGCAACAGGCGGAGGGGCCGUCGCGGCUGGAGGCGGUGGUGGCGCAGCGCCAGGCGGUGGUGAAGGCGGUGGGGGACGCGGAGAGGCGAGCGGCGCAGGCGAGAACGGAGAGCAAGGAGCUAGAUGCGGCGAUGGAGGAGAAGCGCGCGGAACUGGAGGAGCGUCGUCGCGCAACGCAGGCGAUGAAGGCGGAGAACGCGCGGUUGCGCGCGACAGUGGAGGCGCAGGGGGUGACAGCGGCGGAGGUGGAGCGCAUGGUGACACUCAAGGCGCAGCGCGAGGAGGCGCGCAUGGCGGUGAUGGCGGGGCGCAAGGACGCGGAGAAGGAGGCGUGGGCGGCGGAAGUGGAGGUGGCGAGGCUUGUGGCGCAGAUGGAGGCAGGCGCGCACGAAUUCAACGCGCUCGCCGCCAAGCGCAAGCUGGUGCCCGACACGGCGAAGCACGCGCGCGGAAUGCGAUACGACGUGUGCGUGAAUCCACGCGCGGGCACAUGGACGGACAUGCUGGGCGACUGCCACCCCAAGGCCGACAUCCGCGCGGGGCUGGCGGGCGUGCUGCGCACAUACGAGGAGAAGCGCGCGUGGCGGGAGAGGCAGGUGGCGGAGGCGGAGGCGGAGGUGGAGCAGGCGGAGGGCGAGGCGAAGGACGCACAGGCAGCGGCGCAGCACAUGGAGAAGAUGCGCACCAUGCUGGAGCAGGACGAGAGGGAGGAGAUUGAGAUGCGGCAGAAGCAUGUGGAAGCCAUGGUGGUGAAAGUGCGGGAGAGCGAGAGGCGCGUGCGGCAGCUGGAGCAGGGGCGCGGCGAUGAGAUCACUCAGCUGGAGCAGGAGCUCAAG